AUGUCUGCCAAUAAUUCUGGCAACGACUCGUCUAUUCCUGUUUCUGCAGGGUCUGGACAGGGCCAUUCAAACGCUUCAGGCGCACAGGACCCAAUUCAACAGCUAGCGAUUCAGCUGUAUCAAUAUACGAGUCAGGCCCGCAGAGUGGGUGAAGACACGCCACAGGGGCAGGAACUUUUGAAAAGAGCCGCCAAAAUCAAGGCUGUUUACGAUGCAUACAACGGCCAGAAACAGCAGGUGGCACAGAACAUGGCGCAAACCAGAGUUGCCGGCGUAGGACAGGCUGGUUCUCCCAAUAUGCCUAUGCAGGGAAGAGCCGCUAGCGCGACGAACAAUAUCACCAAUAAUAUACAGGCUUUACUGACCCCAGAACAAAGCGAAGCCCACAAGAGACUUAUUCAAAGCUUCAACGAAAACGGGGAGAAAAUCAAGAGCGAGUAUGCGUAUCUGAAGAGGAACAUUGAGUUGCUCAAUGCCGAGAUCAAGAAGAAACAACACGACCCGUUAGCAGUAAAACAGAUCGAAACAAACAAAGCAGAACUAACCAGCAGGAUUGGAGAGUUCAACGCCUCUUUUCAAGCAUUGAAUCAAAAGCUCAGAGAGGACAGAAAGAAAUUUUACAUCGAGUGCGCUGCGAGUAAUCCCAAUCUGAAAAGGUAUCUCCAAGCGACGACUCAACAGCAAAGAGCAAACACCAGCUCAUCGGCCACGGCGUCCCCAGCGGUAGCAGCUACAGGGCCUACGAGUGCCGUGCCGGCGGCAGACCAGUCUUCUCAAAAUAGAUCGCAAAACAAUGGAACUCCUCUUCAGUCGGUCGCAAACAGUAGGUCCCCAAGCCAUGUCACACCUGUCAAUGCUGCUGCUCACAUAGCAAGCAAUGCGAACAAUGGUGGGCGGCAGACGGUUUUCAAACAACCAAAUCCAUCGGUAGCGAUCUCAGAAACGAUUACUCAGCGUAUGCCUUCUUCGGUUGCCUAUCGUUCCAAUCGACCCACCGUAACGGGCGGCAGUGCCAUGAAUGCUGCAAGUUUGAACACCCCGGUAAUGACAAAGCUACCUCCGUAUGAGGUAGACAGCGAAAGGGUAAUGUCGAAAAGAAAGUUAAGGGAACUCGUCAAAACGGUCGGCAUUGACGAGGGCGAUGGUGAGACAACCAUUGAUGGCGAUGUCGAGGAGUUGUUGUUGGAUCUAGCCGAUGACUUCAUAACUAAUGUGACAAGCUUUGCCUGCAGACUUGCUAAGCAUCGUAAGUCCGAUAAUUUGGAUGUAAGAGACAUCCAGUUGCAUCUAGAGAGAAAUUGGAAUAUCCGAAUACCGGGAUACGCUGCAGACGAGGUGCGCAGCAGCAGAAAGUGGAAUCCUGUUCCGUCAUAUAAUCAAAAACUUCAGAGCAUAAAUUCUGCGAAGGCAUCAAAGAGUGCCAACCCAGCACACGGUACCGCUGCGAAUCUUUCAUCAAGUUCCAACGCAGGUGAGCGUGGCGGGCCAGGAUCAGGCCAAUCUCCCAAAUAA